UUGGGAUCGCAAAGGAAAAUAUGUAGUCGAAUUUUAAACGCAGUACAUUACUAGCGUAACGUCGAUAAUAAGUAGAGUUUUGUGCAAUGUACCAGUAAAAUGAGAUUAUAUUAUUCAGUAGCCUAUAAGGAAACGGUGUAUUACGAUGUUGCAUUACAUGACAUGAUUGCGAGUUCUUGACUAACAUGGCAAUCGUCAGGAGGAUCCACGCGUGGUCGUCUCUCCUGCACGGCGCCCGCACACGCAUCAGCCGGCCAGUCGUAACUUUGACCCCCACUUGGACGAGCCACCUUUCACGGCACGGAGACCCCCCCACGCCGCGGUGCAACAGCAGAGCGUUUGGGCUCGCUCGCUGCACCUUGAGGCGCUCGGACGGCUUCACCGAAGACAGAGGUUUCACACAGCAGGAAGAUGACAUCGACGAGGACGAGGAUUCGAUGGAGGAGGAGGAGGAGGCCGACGAGCUGUUCCGGGAGCUGCAGCCCGCCACCGCCCUCCCAGAGGGCCCCCACAGGCUCUUUGUGGUCCACCCCGAUGUCAAGUGGGGAAGCAGAAAACAACACCUGACCACAGCCGAACUGAUGAUGGCGGAGGCGGUGGCGCUGGUCAACACACUAGAAAAGUGGACAGUGGUGGACCGUCUCAUCCUGUCCACCAAGACCCCCGAGAAGAGGAAGAUCUUCGGCAAAGGAAACUUCCAGAUGCUUACGGAGAGGAUCAGACGGACAACGGGCAUCACCGCCGUUUUGGUCAACGUGGAGCGUCUGUCACCGUCGUCAGAGAGGGAGCUAGAGGAGGCGUGGGGAGUGAAAGUGUUGGACCGAUACUCGCUGGUGCUGCACAUAUUCCGCUGUAACGCCAAAACCAGAGAGGCCAAGCUGCAGAUCUCGCUGGCCGAAAUCCCUCUGCUAAGGUCACGUCUGAAGAAUGAAUUCCUCAACUUGGACCAGCAGGGCGGAGGCGCCCGAUACAUCGGCGGCUCGGGCGAGACGCAGCAGGAGGUCCAGCAGAGGCUGCUGAGGGAGCGUGAGAUGAAGAUCCGAGCGGCGCUCGAAAAGCUGAGCAGGAAGCGGCGACUGCUUCGAACACGCCGGAAGCACAAAGAGUUCCCGAUCGUCUCGGUGCUGGGCUACACAAACUGCGGCAAAACCACGCUGAUCAAAGCGCUGACGGGCGACGCGGGGCUCCAUCCCCAGGAUCGGCUUUUCGCCACGCUGGACGUGACGGUGCAUGCGGGCCAGCUGCCGGGCCGCGUCACCGUCCUCUACGUGGACACCAUCGGUUUCCUGUCGCAUCUGCCGCACCAGCUCAUCGACUCGUUCGCCGCCACGCUCGAGGACAUCAAGCACUCGGACGUGUUGAUUCACGUGCGGGAUGUGAGCCAUCCAGAGAACGUCAACCAGAAGGCCAACGUGUUGAAUGUCUUGAGGAACCUCCGAGUGCCCGACGCACUCCUGAGCUCCAUGAUUGAAGUCCACAACAAGAUUGAUCUCAUUGACAACUACGAAUCGACGGAAGACGACUCGCUGGCCAUCUCGGCCCUGAACGGGCGCGGCCUGGAGGCGCUGAAGACGGCGUUGGAGCGGCGCGUGGUGGCCGCCACGGGCAAACGCCUGGUCAGCCUGAAGGUGGACCUCAGCACGCCGCAGCUCAGCUGGCUGUACAAGGAGGCGGCCGUGCAGGACGUCAGCGUGGACGCCGACGAGGGCUCGGCCGACGUCAAGGUGGUCAUCGGCAACGCCGCCUACGGCCGCUACAGGAAGAUGUUUGGCUAGCGGCUAGCUACCUCUGCCGUGAAUAUUACAUUUCACGCACGGCCGAUUGACUGUAAAAU